AUGGCCAUGCUCAGGUACAACGCGCUGCUAAACCCGCGUCGCCGGGAUGGAGUUACUAUUGCAACGACGAUUUUCCCUGGAAAAAGAGAAAUCGCUUAUCCCAGCGAGGCAGAUGUUCUGUUCCAACCUGUGCUUUGUUUUCUCAGUGUUAUAGGUUCCAGCUCCAUUAUUGCCUAUGCCAUCUUUCAAAAUGCAGUGCGGUCCCCCGAGGUUCAUCCACUUUUCUACUUGAGCCUCUCCGACUUAUUUCUGGGCAUGUGCUGGCUCACUGGGGCACUUCUCUACAGCACACCAAUCUCCAAGCAGGAUCUCAUCUGCUAUAACCUGCAAGCAACAGGACAAAUAUUCUACGUGGCCUCUUUUCUAUACACUGUCAACUACACCUGGCAUCUGUACAUGGACCUAAAGAUGAAAUACAAUCAGAACCGUCACAGGAUGCCCCCCCAGGUUGUAGAGUAUGCGAGUUGCAUUGGCCGAAUAGCAACGAUCUUGUGCAGUCUGAUUCCUUUCCUUCUCAUGGUGCCUGUGUUUUGCCUGGGCAACAGCAGUAAUUGCCACCAGAACUUCAGCCAGAAGCAUGGAUGUCUCUUGAUGCACAUGGAAAUUGCCAUGCCCACCAAUGAGCCGCAAACCCUGAGUGGCUCUGUUUGCCGUGCGAUGCAUUUCUAUGGCAUUGGGGUCUUCCUCAUUUCCUUUCUGAUCAGCUUCAUAGCCAUUCUGGUUAUACUCAGUCAAGCCCGAGGUUUGUACAAAAGGUUUGUAAACUCCACAGGAUUCCUGGGGGAUCAGCAGUGGGCCAUGAUUAAGAUGGUAGAACAACGAGUGGUUUUUUACCCCAUCGCAUUCUUCUGCUGCUGGGCCCCAGCUGUCCUCCUUGGAAUACUGAAGCUGACACUGUCAACAAACAGCAAAAUCUACAUGGCUCUUCUAAUUCUACAGGCUCUGACAGCAGCUUCCCAGGGGCUUCUGAACUGCAUCGUGUACGGCUGGACACAGCACAUCUUCCUCUCCCUCAAACGCAACGCCUGCCGGGACGUUGACACUCAGACUCCUCUCUUGCGCUCCCAGAAGAAGUUCUACGCCAGCACGCUCCCUGCCAGCACCCCGGACGCGGAGGGGUCCACGUCCACCCUGCUCUGAUGAAUCCCUGUGUCAGAGGAGAACAGGCAGUGUCCUACCGAGACCUCGUCGUGUUUUAGCAAUGUCAGCCAGACCUGGUAUCGGGCUGUCUGCUGUGAACUGUCUUGCCAGCAGCAGUGUUAGCUGUAGUCCUGCAGGAGCCUGAGCAGAGCUGUGGGAGACAGAUGCUUUCAGUGAAGAUAGUUAUUUAUUUUACAGGUUUGUAUGGACUGUAAAUGGAUUCUUUAAACAUGGUAAAUCUUUAGUAGAGACUUUCUCCUUAAGGAAAUAUCUCUAGAAAUGCAGCAAAUUAUAUGUAACAGCUCAGAGAUCUGGUACAGCUCCUUUGAGGGUAGUUGGUCAAAGGAUGUUUUACUUCUCUAAGUAUUUGCCAUUACAAAUUAACAGUAAAGCAAAGGUGAAUAUUUUU